AUGUUAAAAUUCUACGCAAGGUUCGAAAUUAGCGACGAGACUGGAGACCCUAUGACUGAUAAAGAUAUGACACUGCAACAUUAUUCAAGAAUAACAUCCCUUCAGAAAGCUGCCUUCGCUAAGUUCCCUGAUUUGAGAUUGUUCGCCCUCGCGAAUGUCGCAAGCGUUGACACGCGGGAGUCGUUACAAAAGCAUUUCGGUAACUUGAGCGAUACGGCAUUACGGGCUAUUGCUACAUACCUGAAUCUCAUACCUCCUGAAGGACAAGAAAAUGACGCUCCAUGGCAUAGAUUGGAUAAGCAAUUUUUGAAGGAAUUAUUGAUUUCUCGUCAUGAGCGUCGAAUAUCCCAGCUGGAAGAACUGAACUCCAUGCCCCUGUACCCCACCGAAGACAUAAUUUGGGACGAGAACGUGGUGCCUACUGAGAUCUAUAGCGGCGAGAAUUGCCUCGCUUUGCCAAAACUGAAUCUUCAGUUUUUGACACUCCAUGACUAUCUAUUGAGGAACUUCAAUUUGUUUAGGCUGGAGAGUACAUAUGAAAUUCGACAAGACAUAGAGGACGCUGUUUAUCGUUUGGCGCCAUGGCGAGCAGAAGACGGCAGCGUAUAUUUCGGUGGUUGGGCCCGUAUGGCGCAUCCGAUACAGAGUUUCGCCGUCGUGGAAGUGGCUAAGCCGAAUAUCGGUGAGAAAGCGCCAUCUAGGGUUCGCGCCGACGUCACAGUUACGCUAAGUGUGCGAAGGGAGAUCAAACACGAGUGGGAGAAUCUGAGAAAGCAUGACGUUUGCUUCCUCGUUACUGUCAGACCAACACAGGGUAUAGGUACAAAAUACGACUACAAAAAGAGUAUGGUGGACCAGGCGGGCAUUGUUUACGUUCGCGGUUGCGAAGUCGAGGGUAUGCUGGAUGCGUCAGGUCGUGUGAUAGAAGAGGGCCCGGAACCGAGACCGGAAUUAGAUGGAGACUCCAGGACAUUCCGACUUCUAUUGGACCCUAAUCAGUACAGAGUUGAUCUUGAUCACGCUAGUAAGGGACAGGAGGAUGUCUACGAAACAUUCAACAUAGUGAUGCGCAGAAAACCAAAAGAGAACAAUUUCAAAGCUGUUCUAGAGACGAUUCGGGAGCUCAUGAAUACUGAGUGCGUGGUGCCAGAAUGGCUUCACGAUAUUGUACUGGGUUAUGGCGAUCCGGGACAAGCACAUUAUACAAGAAUGCCCAAUGAAAUACCCACCCUGGAUUUCAAUGAUACAUUUCUGGAUAUGGAACAUUUGAGGAACAGCUUCCCUGGUUAUGAGAUUAAGCUGAAAACGGACAAUCCGCAGAAGUUGGUGCGGCCUUUCAAGGUGACUUUCGAAAACGUUCUACGGAAGCAACAGUUAGGCGACAACGCGAUGGACGAAGACGAACCACGUAAAGUUAUUACAGUGGAACCCCAUGUGCAGCCGAAGCGUGGACCCUACCUCUAUAACGAGCCUAAAAAGAACAAUAUAUUGUUUACUCCGACUCAAGUGGAAGCUAUAAGAUCUGGAAUGCAACCGGGUUUGACUCUUGUGGUGGGGCCUCCAGGAACAGGUAAAACCGACGUAGCGGUCCAGAUUAUAUCAAACUUGUACCACAACUUCCCGUGGCAGCGCACUCUGGUGGUGACGCACAGUAACCAGGCUCUUAAUCAACUGUUCGAAAAGGUUGCAGAACUAGAUGUGGAUGAAAGGCAUUUACUGCGUCUUGGGCACGGUGAGGAGGAACUGCAGACUGAUAAAGAUUUCUCACGAUAUGGUCGUGUCAACUAUGUAUUGGCAAAGCGACUAGAACUAUUGGAGCAAGUAUCCCGACUUCAGAAGACUUUGGAAGCAGGAGGCGACGCUGGCGCCACCUGUGAGCUUGCGCAUCACUUCCACGUAUACCAUGUUGUACCCCGUUGGCAGGCUUUUACGCGUGCUGUGAAACAGUCAAAGUCAGUCGAAACUAUAAGCAAAGAGUUCCCGUUUCACGAAUAUUUCGACGAUGCACCGAAACCGCUGUUCCCUGGAAAAACCUUCGAUGAAGAUAUGGAAAUUGCAGAAAGUUGUUACAGGUACAUAAACCAUAUUUUCGAAGAACUGGAAGAAUUUAGAGCAUUCGAAUUGCUUCGCUCUGGUCUCGACCGUUCCAAAUAUUUGUUGGUGAAGGAGGCCAAAAUUAUCGCUAUGACCUGUACUCACGCUGCACUAAAGCGAUCUGAACUCGUACAGAUGGGUUUCAAAUAUGACAAUAUCUUGAUGGAGGAAUCGGCUCAAAUAUUGGAAAUAGAGACGUUCAUUCCGUUACUCCUCCAGAACCCUCAAGAUGGUAGAUCAAGGCUUAAGCGAUGGAUCAUGAUAGGGGAUCACCACCAGCUUCCGCCGGUCGUGAAGAACAUGGCAUUCCAGAAGUAUUCUAACAUGGAACAGAGUCUUUUCACGCGCAUGGUGCGUCUCGGCGUUCCAUAUGUUGAGCUGGAUGCUCAAGGAAGAGCAAGACCUACCAUCUGUAACCUUUAUCGUUGGAGGUAUCGCGCACUCGGUGACUUGGGGCACGUAUGCCGUCUGCCUGAGUACCGCGCGGCAAAUGCCGGACUCCGUUACGACUUCCAACUCAUUAACGUAGAGGACUUCAAUGGUGCCGGAGAGACUGAACCUAGUCCGUAUUUUUAUCAGAACUUAGCAGAAGCAGAGUAUGUAGUUGCAGUAUUCAUGUACAUGAGAAUAAUUGGAUGGCCAGCAGAGAAGAUUUCUAUCCUCACUACGUAUAACGGGCAGAAACACCUAAUCAGGGAUGUUAUAGACAAGCGUUGCGCUGAUAACCCAGUCAUCGGCAGACCACAUAAGGUUACUACAGUGGACAAAUACCAAGGACAGCAAAACGACAUAGCGUUGAUAUCGCUCGUGCGUACUAAAGCGGUCGGACACGUGCGGGAUUUGAGACGUCUUAUCGUGGCGGCGUCUCGGGCUCGUCUGGGUCUUUAUGUCUUCGCUAGAGCUAAUCUCUUUAGAAACUGCUUCGAAUUGCAACCGACCUUCAAUCAGUUAAUAGAGCGCCCUCUUGAACUGGAACUAGUUCCCGGUGAGAGAUAUCCAGCGCAGCGCAGUGCCGCAGCUGUCGCGCCAGAUGCCCUAGUUCAACGUAUGCGUGAUAUGCCACACAUGGCUAGAUUCGUGUACGACCUGUACAUGGAGCAAACUGCGAGGGCGCAACCACAAGGCGAGUGGAGUGCACCAGGCACGAAACAGGCUGCGCACGCGCAGGAGGCCACGCAUCAUGUGCCAGCGCAUCCCGGCGGAGACUCGGACGACGAAACCUUCACACCUACUGAGAUUGUAAACGAAGUUGACGAUCCACCGACAUAA